UAUUUAUAAUGAUACGGAAACUUCCGACCAAGCGAAAUGGGGAAAAAACAACAUCAGAAAGAUAAGUUGUAUCUUACAUCUACUGAAUGGAGAACAGAAUUCGGAGGAUAUAAAGGUCAGCUUCAGAAAUCGGCAGAAUUUAGACGUUUACCUUUCUACUGCUGUAGUCUAUCGUUCCAGCCUUUUGCAGAUCCACUAUGCACCAAAGACGGCGUCAUUUUCGAUAUCAUGAACAUUGUUCCGUUUCUGAAAAAGUACGGCGUAAAUCCUGUAAAUGGAGAAAAGAUGACAGCUAAGGAUCUGAUCCAUUUGAACUUCUAUAAAAACAAAGAUGAUAAAUUUCACUGCCCAGUUACGUUUCAAGUUUUUAAUCAGAACUCUAGCAUCGUGGCUAUUAAAACAACAGGCAACGUGUUUAGUAAAAACGCAGUUGAUAAACUUAAUCUCAAGACAAGUCACUUCAAAGACCUUUUAUCUGACGAGCCGUUUGUAAAGGCUGACAUUAUAACCAUUCAAGACCCAACAGAUGUGGAAAAAUGCAAUUUUGCCAAUUUUUACCAUUUUAAACAUAAUUUAAAGGUUACAAAUGAAGACAAAGCUGAGUCAAAGUCAAAGAUCAGAUCUGCAAGCACCAUGACUCAAUCUGUCCUUGAUGAACUUGAAAAAACUUACAAAGCUCCAGUAAAGGAAGAAGCUUCAAUGGCCAAAGCAGACAAGUUCAAUGCAGCUCAUUAUUCUACUGGUCAUGUUGCAGCAUCAUUUACCUCAACAGCAAUGAAUCCAGUCACAGAACAUCAAACUGCUCUUAUUGAUGAAGAUAUACUGCGUUAUGAAAGAGUGAAAAAGAAAGGAUACGUCAAACUUGACACUAAUUAUGGUCCACUGAACAUUGAAAUUUAUUGUGAUAUGGUUCCAAAAACAUGCGAGAACUUUCUGAAACAUUGUAAAAAUAAGUACUACAAAGGUUCAAAGUUUCAUCGCUCAAUAAGAAAUUUUGUUUUACAAGGAGGAGACCCUACUGGUACAGGCCUUGGAGGGGAAUCAAUAUGGGGUGGAACUUUCAAAGAUGAAUUUAAACCAAAUUUACAACACACCGGCCGAGGAACUUUAAGUAUGGCGAACUCUGGACCAAACACAAACAAAUCUCAAUUCUUCAUCACUUUCAGGUCAGCUCAUCAUUUAGAUGGUAAACACUCAGUAUUUGGUAGAGUUGUUGGUGGGAUAGGUUCACUAGAUGCUGUAGAACUCAUUGAGACAGACAAGAAAGAUAGGCCAAAGGAAGACAUAAUAAUCGAAGAUUGUACAGUAUUUGUAGAUCCAUAUGAGGAAGCAGAUGAACAACUUAAAAAAGAAAGAGAAGAAGAUCUACAGAAGGCAAAAGAAGAAAAGGAAAAGCUAGAAAAAGAAAGAAAGAGGAAGGUUGCAGCUGAGGGUACUCCUAUGGUUUACAAAUCAGGUGUUGGAAAGUACAUUAAUUCGGCUGGAAGUGAAACUAGUUUGAAAAGAUCAGGAAGCGAUGAGCAAUCAGAGACUGAAAAAAAGAAAGCUAAAUUCGUACCAGGGAAAUUAGGGAACUUUAGUAACUGGUGAAAAUAUAUACAUGUAUAUUAUAAUUGACUAAUUUUAACCUUAUUCAUCAUGUUCAUGUUGAAAAUUACCAAGUGAAAAUGAAAUAACAAUGUACAUUGUAUGUACAUGUACAUGUUUACCAAUUGCAAGUUUCAUAAAUAUAUGAAGAUAUUUUGUCACAUAAAGAUAUCAUUAUGCCAUUAACAUGAUUAACAUGAUUAAUACAUGUAAAACAUGUAAAUCAAACAUGUCAUCAGAUGACAUCUGAACUGUUCAAUUCCCCUUUAUCAGAUAUAAUUUUGUAACUUUAAUUAGUUGAUCUGAGGCAAGUAAUCCAAAAGUCAUAAAAGUAGAAACUAUGAUAAAAGAAAAUUACAUGUUAAGGACUCAAAUCCAACAUGUUCAAUAAACAUGAUAAAAUCUUGAAUUUCAAUAAUAUUAACUAACAUUCUAAUUCUGCAUUUUGAAUUAAAAAUUGUGGGGCCUUUAAAAUACAAAAUGCAAUUAAACUAGCAAAAUGUUGAUUAUUAUUAUAAAUCAGACACAAGUUUUAGUGGCAUGAAUUACACAUACAGUUAUGUUCGUGUAACAUGCAUUUUAAUUUCUUCAUUGCCACAUAUGACAUACAUGUAGAUGUAUGACAUGUAUGAAUGGUCAUCUAAAUUUUAGUAUUUAUUUACUAAAAAAACCCAAACUUUGGAUUCAUUAUUAUUCGUUGUAUAGCAAUUUUCAUGGGUAGUCACCGUCACUAGAGGUGAAUUACGAAUUAAAAUCUUCAAUGAACAACAUGUUUGCAAUAAGCUUUGUAUACAGACAAUGACAGAGAUUUGCAAAACCACAAAAUCAAAUAUCCACAAAUUCCAGUUUUCAUCCAUCCACGAAAAUUGAUACCCAUGAAAAUAAAUAAAACCACAGUAAUAUAGGUUUGGUCACUCUUAACUUGUAGACUUCAGUUAUUGAAAUCUGUAUUCUUUCAUGUUCAUGUGUCAUGUAUGAUAAUAAUAUUUUGUUUUUAUAAAUGAUUGUUUUUACAUGUAUUAAUUUAUGGCGCAAAUAAAAUAAAUCUAGAAAAUAUGCUUCCAUGAAAUACAUGUAUGUAGUGUAUAAGUAAGAGGCAUAACUUAAAUUAAUAAAGUGAUUUUAUUUGUAAUUAUUUUAACAUGUUUAAUGAUUUGUAAAUAUCAGUAAUCACUGAUUUACGUGAUUUUAUAAACAUUCCCUUUGGUCUUCAAAUGCACAUUUGGUGAAUUUUCAACUAAAUGACAGUUAUCUUUGGUAAUUUGCUUUACUAAUUGUAAUCUCUUUUUAUUAUCAUGAUUUUAUUCAUUUUAACAGUGUGCCAUGAGAAUUUUUCUGUAAUCGAAUAUAUAUAUAUAUUACAUACUUCUAUCAUUGUCUAUUGUUAAAGACAUAAGAAACAAGGUUUCUGGAUAUAUGUUAAUGUAAAAGAAAAUAUUGCACCAAUGAAUGUAUACAUGUAUAUACAACUUUCCAUUUGUAGUUCCUAUGCAAAUUUUUUACAGUUAUAUUAAAUCCUUAAUUAAUUAAAUAUAAACAUGACAAAAUAAAAAAAAAUCAUUCAGGGAUUGUUGAUUGAAAAACUUGGAUUUUGUGUCUGGAUUUUGUGUCUACAUGGUCUAAGUGAUUGUAUCAUUGCCAUGAUUUGAUUUGAAAGAGUGAUGUUUAUUUGUUUCAUUUAUGUAUAUUUUUGAUGCAUUUCAAUUUAUUAUUUAAACUUUGUCACAACAGCAAGAACAGCAGGAUUCCCCUUAUCAUUACAUACAUUUUGUAGAUACCUAAUUAUUUCCUGAUUACCAAAACUCUUGAUUUCAUUUAACAUUAUUUAAGGGGGCUAGUGAGUAUAAAUCCCUUUUUUUUCUUUUCUAUAAACAUGAUAUAUGAAAUUUAUCAUAUGUCUAAUAGAAAAAUAAAAUAAAAAAUGGGUUCACCGUUCAAUUAAUAGAUAUAGGAAGAUGUGGUGUGAGUGCCCAUAAUCUGCUUUCAAAAGAAUUAUGCAUUUUUGUUAAGGUACUUUUUUCUGUUGAAUUAAUAGAAGAAAUAGAGGUAAAUAUUGAUAUAAAACAAAAACUAAAGCACUAAAAUUUUACAAUUGUUUAGUCAUGUUAGUUUAAGUACAGCUCAUUUGAAAUAUGACACUGAUGAGUUGAAAAAGAGACUUCAAAUUUUAUGCAUUUUUGAAACAAAGGGAGAUAAUUUGUAGCUUUUUCAAUGAUAUAAUUUCAUAUAAACAUUUUUAAUGUCAUCUGGGACCAAACGAAAUUGAUUUUUUUGGUUUAUUUUUAACCAUACCAUAACCAUGAUAAAGUAAUAUCUAAUAGUGAAAUAAAUAAAAUUAGAAAAAAAAAUUGAUUAAAAUUUUGAUGAAAUUUUUGUCCCCUCCAACCGCCUUAUUAAAACCAUGGUAAUUUUUUUAUAAUUAUUUUUUUCUGUUACAACUUCUGGCAUUUCUGGUAAUUAGCAGUAAAAAUCUGAUGAAAAAACAAUGUUCUGUCUUUUUUAAGUUGGUACCUAACACUACAGGGAGAUAACUCUGUAAAAUCAGCUAAACGUUUUAAUUACGUUGUGUUGUUAAGAGAAAAUUAAGCUUUUCAAAGAUAAAAAAAAGUGUUUGUCAAACUGCUAUAUAACCAGUGUAAUUUUUCUGAUAAAACGGUUGGUUCAAAAUUUUUGAAAUUUUAAUAUUUUUUUCAAACAUGGUUAAAGUAAGUACUUUGUCAAAAUUUUAAGAAAAUUAAAAAGCCAAAUUGAUUUUAGUUAAAGUGAUGGGUACCACCUUAAGAAUAAGACUGGAUGAUAAUACAGUAAGAACAGUAUGAAAAGAUAAACCACAGUGAGGUUGUUGUAUGUUUUUUAAACUAUAGUAAUUUCCUUAAUUUUAAAUAUGUGCCAGAUGUUUACAUGUAAACUAAUAAAAUGUUUCAGUUACAAUUACAUGUAUCUAGAGGAAAUUGAUACCAGUAAUGUAUUUCUUGACAACUUUAUGUUUGUAAAUACUGUUUAGAUUUUCUUCUUGAUACAUGCUGUCUAUGAAGAAAUAACAUAAAAAAUGUGGUGCACACUGAAUAACGCACAUCAUGCACAUAGUGGGUUAUUUAACAGUGUGCACCACAUUUUUUAUGUUAUUUCGAAUAGAUAAAAAAAAUAUAACAGUCAUUUCUUAUAAUUUAAUUCUAAAUUCCAUUUAAACCGUAGAAAAUCAUGAAAAAAACGUUGAUGACAUCACGGUCACAUGACUAAAUUAUGUCUAUGGGCUGAUAACAAAAUAACAUCAGCCAAUCAGAAGACCCGUUACAUCCAAAAUUAAAUUAUAUCAGUAUUCAGCACCUUCAUUUUCCCUUUCAUUCAUUCAUUCAUGCACAUCUAGUUGGGUUUCUCAUGUGUUUUUAUGUUUUUUUAAUCCAUUGUCUAUUAUCAUGAUGUAAUCUUAUUUUAGACAUAGAUAUCUGAGAAUUACUUACUUUUUGUAUCCAUAAUUACCUAGAUUGACUAGUAUAUAUAGUAUUUUCACAUUUUAAAUUCUAUCAUUGAAUUAAAUCAUAGUAAAAUUA